AUGAUUAUAGGAUCUUUCAAUAUUAGGGAAGGAGGCAGAUUGAUAAAGAGGAAGAGGAUUGGUCAAAUUGUGAAGAAUGGGAAGGCAGAUAUUUUCUUGAUUCAAGAAUCCAAACUGGAAUCUGUUGAUGUGGGAAUUAUUAACAGCUUCUGGCCGGGUGAGAAGGUGGGUUGGUCUUUUUCGGGUUCUUCUGGAGCUUCAGGAGGUUUGAUUUCUAUUUGGAAGGAAGAUGCUUGCGAGCUCAAAAGGAAGCUGUGGAAGGAUUUGUUGAUCUGUAAGUCCAAGUUCUCUGAUGGAGAAUGGUGUAUCGCAGGGGAUUUUAAUGCUGUGACCAACAAGAGGGAAAGACGUGGGCAUGGGAUUAGAAGCAGGAGGUCGGAGAUGAGGGAUUUCUCGGAAUUCAUUUUUGGAUCUAAUUUGAUUGAUGUGCAGUGUAAAGGGAAAUGCUUUAUCUGGUAUAGCGGCGAUGGUCUUUCUAUGAGCAGAAUCGACUGGUUCCUUUUAUCCGAUUCUUUAAUCACGGCUUGGGGUAUCAUUGGGCAGCUCAUUGACAAUCGUGAUGUUUCUAAUCACUGCCCUAUCUGGUUAAUCUCCGAUUUCUCUGACUGGGGCCCUAAACCGUUUAGAGUUAACGACAAUUGGUUUGAUAAUUCGUCUUUCUUGUCUUAUGUGGAAAGGGAAUGGAGGAGUAUCAAGGUUGAGGGGAUGAGUGAUUUUAUUCUGAAGGAAAAAUUGAGGAUCCUAAAAUCCAGUCUCCGGACGUGGAAUGUGGAUCAUUUUGCCAAAAUAGAUCUUGAUAUCAAGGAGGGGAUCCAGAAAAUUAACAAUGCUGAUGCUUUGCUUGAGGCUUGCAGGGAGGACUUCGUCAAGGAGGUGGUGGUCGAGAGGAGUGAGGCAACUAGCGAUUUAUGGAAGAAGCUGUACUUAAAAGAGAAUUUUUUGAGGCAAAAGAGCAGGCUGAAGUGGGAUACUCUUGGUGAUUCAAACAAUAAGUUCUUCCAUUGCUGCAUGAGGGAAAGGUCUUUGAGAAAUCACAUCAGCUCUAUUUUAGUGGAGGACCGUUUGCUGGAGUCUGUAGAGGAUGUGAAGGAGGAAGCUAGGAGAUUUUUCUCUAGUCAGUUUGCUGAACCUGAUUUUUCGCGCCCUUGCUUGUCGGGUAUUCGGUUCAGCUCUAUUUCGUGUGAGGAUGUGUCAUACCCCAAUUUUUGA